AUGUCGACGUGGGGUGAACAUUUCCGAGUCACCACCUAUGGCGAGUCUCACUGCCGCUCGGUCGGCUGUAUCGUCGACGGUGUGCCUCCCGGCAUGCAACUCACCGAGGAAGAUAUCCAGCCCCAGAUGACUCGCCGCCGUCCCGGCCAGAGUGCCCUCACAACCCCGCGCAACGAGAAGGACCGAGUCGAGAUCCAGUCAGGUACUGAGUUCGGUGUCACCCUGGGCACACCAAUUGGCAUGAUUGUCCGCAAUGAGGACCAGCGCCCCAAGGACUACGGUGGCAGCACAAUGGACCUGUACCCCCGCCCUAGCCAUGCCGAUUUCACCUACCUCGAGAAGUACGGCGUCAAGGCCAGCAGUGGCGGUGGCCGUAGCAGUGCCCGUGAGACCAUUGGUCGUGUCGCCGCCGGCGCUAUCGCAGAGAAGUACCUCAAGCUUUCGCACAAUGUCGAGAUCGUCGCCUUCGUCUCCUCCGUUGGCAACGAGCACCUCUUUCCCCCAACCCCCGAACACCCCACCGCCUCUACCAACCCUGAGUACCUGAAACUCCUCGAGAACAUCGACCGCACGACGGUAGACAGCUUCGCCCCCGUCCGCUGCCCCGAGACCGAGGCCUCUGCCCGCAUGACCAAGGUUAUUGAGCAGUUCCGCGAUGCGCAGGACAGCAUCGGUGGUACCGUGACCUGCGUGAUCCGCAACGUGCCCGUCGGUCUGGGCGAGCCUUGCUUCGAUAAGCUGGAGGCUAAGCUGGCGCACGCGAUGCUGAGCAUCCCCGCCACCAAGGGCUUCGAGAUUGGCUCUGGCUUCGGCGGUUGUGAGGUGCCCGGCUCCAUCCACAACGACCCCUUCGUCGUCUCCGAGGAUCAGCGCCUCACCACCAAGACCAACAACUCCGGUGGUAUCCAGGGUGGUAUCUCCAACGGUGCCUCCAUCUACUUCCGCAUCGCCUUCAAGCCCCCUGCGACUAUCGGCCAGGCCCAGAACACUGCUACCUACGGUCUGGAGGAGGGUAUCCUCGAGGCUAAGGGCCGCCACGACCCCUGCGUCGUGCCCCGUGCCGUGCCUAUCGUUGAGGCCAUGUCUGCGCUGGUCAUCAUGGAUGCCCUGAUGGCUCAGUAUGCCCGUGAGAGUGCCAAGAACCUUCUCCCGCCUCUGUCCACCACUCUGCCCACGAAGCCUGCUACCGCUCCUAACGGUGCAUAA